GGUAUUUCGACGGCUCACGUCAAGUUUCUCAUAACCAAAACCAAUUACUUGCAAAAAGCAGAUUUAUAUUAUUACCAAAUCCUGAGAUUUCAGUAUUGAAGCAUAAUUUUGACCGCUAUUCAUUCAUCUUUUGUCGAUUAUGGCGCACCCGCUACCCUCCGCCAAGCCCGAGAGGUUGACCCCGACCCUGACGAUCCAUGCCCCGCUCUCCCGGCAUGGGAAUGGGCCUGGCAUCGUGAUUGUCACUUUACGCAAUAGUGCGCGAGAGACAUGCCACAAUGAGACACUAGACCCUGAACCGCUGCAGAAAUGGGCAGAAGAGGGAUUUACCGUUGCUCGCCUGGAAUUAGCUGAGGGGACCAGCAAUCUUCGGAUCCGAGAUGAGUUGGGCGAGGCGACGGAGGCAUUGACGAUGCAUGAGAAGUGUACCAACCAGUCUGCUUACGGCUUAAUUGUGCACUUUACCACGGCAUUCCCGGAACUCACUGAGGCAAUCGACGGCAACGGUGAGAUCAAGGCAGUCGUCUCCUUCGGCGCUCUCCCCGCGCCAUGCGCCAAACCACAUUUAUACCACCUUGCCGAGAAAGGUUCCAAGUCCACGGCAGAAAAUGAAAUCAUCUACCGGUACCCCGAAGCCAAGUCACCCGCCUUCGUGCUACCAGAUCAUCCAGACUUCGCCCCGGCGUCCGCGGCCGUGGCGCAUUCACGUUGUCUCGAGUUCGUGAAAAAGCACCUCGGAGGCCCGUGGUUCGACCUCGAGGCCAUCUGGGAGGAGCACACGUUCUUCGAGUUUGGCGAGCGCUCCGUGGAGAAAACGAUGGCGACCAUGGUGCAGGAGCCGUACGUGAAUCACAUCACCACGAUCACGGGGGGUAUUGGACGGGAGAAACUGUCGGCGUUUUACCGGGAUCAUUUCGUGUUUAAUAAUCCCGAGGACACGGAAUUGCAGCUGGUUAGCCGCACAGUCGGGAUUGAUCGGGUCGUGGAUGAGUUUGUUUUCUGCUUGACGCAUACCAAGAUGGUGGAUUGGCUUGCACCGGGAGUGCCACCGACGGGGAAGCCGCUUCGUAUCCCGAUGACUGCAAUUGUCAAUAUCCGGGGUGACAGGCUGUACCACGAACACAUAUCGUGGGAUCAAGUCACAGUGCUCUUACAGCUGGGACUGAUGCCGGAAUAUCUUCACUUCCCGUAUGCCUUGGAGGACGGCAGAAAGCCUGCGGCGGGAAAAAAGUUUGAGUAUCGUGUUCCUGGUGCUGGUCUGGAGACUGCAGAGAAGCUGGUGGAUGAGAGUGCUGUUCUGUCAAACCAAAUGUUCGAGUUUUCUACGAGGGAGGUUGACGAGUGAUUACUCGGCCCACGGAUGCCUUGGAUUGGACAUAAUGGCCGGUUUCCGGUACGUGUGAAGGGUUUAUAUCAUAUUUCCAAGUGCUUUAUUGCUCCAGGUUUGCAGUCCAACGAGACAGCACUCUGUCUUGUAACAAGAUACGUGCACUCUCAAAUACGAUACUAUAUCAGGUG